AUGAUUCGUAAUAUUUUGAAAUUCAGAUUCUCAACUGCAUCAUUAAAUGAGGAACCAAAAAAGAAAUUAAGCUUGUUCAAACUAAUUGUCGGUGGAGCUAUUGGAGUUUAUGGCUAUGAUUUAGGUAGAAAAUAUCGUGAAUAUUUAACAAACACGUUUCUAACAAAGGAAUAAAUUAAUGAAUUAGUGUUAAAAAAUAUAACUAAAACAAAAGAUUAACAAUUGAUAGCUCAUCCAAUAAAUAGUGUCAAUAAUAUAAAGAAUAAAGAAAAGGUAAUUGUAAUAGGAGGAGGUAAUAUUAAAAUAAAAAAUUAGGAAUAAUUGGAAUCUCGUAAGCAUUAAAACUAUUAAGAAUGGGAUAUAAUGUAACAAUAAUAGAAUAAGCAAAUACUGUUGCAUCAGAGUGUAGUGCAUUUAAUGGGAACGUUUUUAAUCCAAUGUACUUUUUACCAUUAGUCACUAGAGUAAAUAUUUACGUAUAAAAUUUAGGAUAACUUAAUUUAUAUGAUAAAGAAUAUUUUUGAAUAGCCAGAGUUGACUACUGUUAGAUUUAAUAUGAAUGCUUUUUUAGAAAAUAAUUUUAUUUAAUGGGGAUUAAAUAGUUUAUUAUUGAGUAUGACAGAGUAUCAAAUUUUAAUAAUAAAAUUAGUAAUGCUUAAAUAGAGAAUUCAAGAAAGUAAUUGAGAAUUGGAUCUUUAACAUUGUAGGAUAUUGAUAAAUUAAAGCCUUCAGGUUUAUUUAAAGGACAUUUGGUAGCAAAAGGACAAUUAGGAUUUUUUGCUACAGAUUAAAAAGUUAAUGCUUAUAGAGAUAGGUUAACGUUAUUAGGAAUACCACAUAUUAAAGUUGAUUCAUUUGAAUAAAUAGAAUAAUUUACAAAAUCAAAUUUAAAAACAGAAUCAAAUUUAAAAUUAUUCAAUAGAUUUAACAAAGCAUUAAUCUUAACUACUGAAUCAAAUUUAGAAACAAGAGAAUUAACAUAAACUAUGCUUAGGUAUUGUUAAGAAAACUUUCCAAACUAAUUUGCAAUAGCAUUUUCUACAUCAGCUUAAAAUUUUGUAUUAGAUACAGAUAAAAAUGUAAAAGGAAUAUAAACAAAUAAAGGGUAUAAAAAUAAUAAAAAUAAUGUAGAAUUGUAUUGGGUGAUAGUUUUGUAAUUUGUUUAGCACAUAAGAGUAAACAGUUAGCACAUAAAUUAAGAUUAAAUCUUCCAAUAAUUCCAGCUAAAGGUUGGGCAAUGGGAAGAUCUGCUCCAGAAAAUUUUAAUUAAACUUUAGUAAAAGAAUUUACAUUAAAUACACCAAAUUAUUUUGCUACAAAUUUAAAUGGACAUUUAAGAUUAGCAGGAUGUGCAGAAGUUUGUAAUGAUACUCCAUCAACAGAUGCAAGUAAAGAAUGGGGAGCUAUAUAAAUAUUAAAUAGAUUUAAUGAAUAAAAUGGAUUUGAUUUUAAAAUGAGUGAUUUUACUGUAAGGAGCUGUUUUAGACCAUUGACACCUGAUGAUGUUGCGAUAAUUAGUGAAGUACCUGGAUUUAAAAAUGUAUUUAUUAAUGCAGGACAUGGAUCAAGAGGAAUGAGUUAUUGUUUUGGUGCAGCUGAUAUUAUGAGCUAAGUUAUGGAAGGAUCCAAAGAGUUUGAAGACUACAGUGUGAAGAGGUAUUAUUUUAUAUGA